UACGUUAUGUUGGGAUGGAUGCGUGAGCAGUCAACUGAGCUGAAAGGCAGCCAUCUUGCAAACUGCAAAGUAGUAUUUUGAAAACUAGGAUCUGAUGACAGUAUUGUGAUGAUUGUUUUAAUUUUAGUCGACCUUAAGUCGUUUCGAAGCUGUGGUUGAGUGUUUAAAGUGUGGCGCCUACGUAGUAGAAAGGUACAGAGAUAUUUUGGAAAAAUUCCCAGGCGCUUUGGGCUUCAGAGAAGCCAGCGCCAGAAUAAUCCUGUCUUUUAAAAGACAAUGUAGUUCAUGCAACCUAAUAUGCAUUUUAACUCUCCCGUUGGCAAAGCUUAGGCUGUUCGCCUUAAGCUGUUGGGAGGGUCUAUAUGUAUACCCAAGAAAUCCUGGAAACUUGUGUGUUCAACUAUGAAAGAAGAUCAUCAAACUCUCUUAAAAUGGAUUCUAUUUGCCAUUGGCAAGAUCCGCGACCAGAAGCAGAGACCAAAUCUGGAGCGGAUCAGCCAUACAGUCCGCCAGAACUGCAAAGUGUCAGAAAAUGCUGUGGAAGAACAUUUGGAUCUUGCUGUGAAAGAGGGUACUGUUGUCAAACUGAUCAACAAGGGCCAGGAAACCUAUCGGGAUCCUGGUCAUAUGAAAGCUAGGAAAGUUUUACCAGUUGGCAAAGAAUCAGAUCUUUCCAAAGUUGUCGUUCGUGCUAUCCGUGAACAUGAUCCAGAAGGCUGCUCCCUCAAAGAUAUUGAGGAUCGACUGCGGAGUACAUUCGCCCUUGAAACUGAUUUAAGUGAUGUGGACUUUAAAUCUGUACUACGUCUCUCCCUGAAAAAAGCUCUGGCUCUGGGUCUAUUGGUACAGGAAGGAAGGCUCAUCAAACUAUCACCCAAAAGUUUAGAAGUUUCUAAACUCAAAGGUGACAGAAAAUCAGAUUCAGGGUCUCCUAAAAAGAAGAGACUGUCUGCAGAAGACCUGCUCAAUGAAGAUCUACCAAAGACUCACCUUCCAAUAUGUAGUGAGUGUCUUGGGACUGACAAAAAUGCCAAUGGGGAGGAGGAGGCGCUCAGCGAAUGUGCUGGAUGUGGUGCCUGUGUACAUCUGUCCUGUGUAUCCUUACCAGGUAGUGCCACUACAAAUCAAUUCAUUGCUCUACUAUCACAGCCUGGUGCUGCCUGGUAUUGUGAAGAAUGUAGGACUUGUUGUAAAUGUGACAAAGCCAAGGACCAGGUCUGUUUACUUGGCUGUGUCAACUGUGAUCGAGCGUUCCAUAUGGGAUGUCUGGAACCUCCUGCAGAGCGUAAACCUAAGUGUCCAUGGCAAUGUAAACAUUGUUUUGAAGUGCAUAGGAAGAAAGCUGCCAUAAAUAAACCCUUAGAUCAUGCUAGUAGGGUUAGGAAGAAGUAUUUAAAAGUUCGAGACAAACGGAGUGGUAGGGAGCCUGAAAGAACUUUGCGUGUGUCUGGGGAUGAAGUAGACUGCUCAAGGCUCUCAGGGUCAGAUACUGAUUCCGCCAUGAGGUCAACCCCAGGUAGGCUCAAUCUUAAAACUCCCGCUCGUGGUCUCAGCAAAUUCUCAGGGCGCAUACCUGUUCGGCCUGCUGUCCUCAAAGGCCACCCUAAAAGCCCGUUGGAUUCUCCUAAGAGUCCACUCAAAACCCCCCUUCGGGCUUCUGCAAAGAAGAUAGUAAAGAAAAUUGCUGUCGACACUCCACAGGAGAGCACUUGUGGCUCAACAUCAGAGGAGGGUAAUGAUCCCUUUCCUAAUUUUCCUCUUGCUGCCCCUCGCUCACCUGGUGGUGGCUCUAUUAGCGCAUCUAAGCAGCUCAAAGAAAAGCGAGGGGAUCGCCUUUCUAAGGAAAAGCAAAAGUUUUUCCGUCUGAGUGCCUUCUAUAAAACUAAAAAAAGAAAUGGUAGCAAAACGAGCGAUGGGGUAGCAGAUACUUUAGGUUCUUUGAGUAGGAGUUCAUCAAGUGACAGCGACAGCAGAAGUAGUAGUAGCAGUGGCAGGCGGUCGCGCAGCAGUAGCUCGUCACAUUCCAGUGACUCUGAUUCAAACACAAGCACGGUAGUGGUCCAUAGGAAUAAUAGAUUAAUGGGAGGGAUUUCUAAAUUUGUGUCGGAGCCAAAUGCACAUGUCUUUGGGGAGGCUGUCUGUGGAUCCACAGGGUCAACAUUGGCAAGUCUCAGUCGUAUGGAACCUGACUCGGCGGCACCAUGGGGCUUUGCAGCAGCAGCUGCUGCUGCCAGGCUAUCGUCAGAGGCUUUUCCCAACCCACUUAAGGAAGUUGCUAAGAGUAAGAUCUGUGAUACAUUUGUGAACAAUGUCGAUUCUGUGAUUUCAACUUUGCCGAGAAAAUCAAAUCAUGUUGGCGAAGCUCAUGUAACUUCAUCUAAGUCCAUUGGAAGAAAUGGCUCAUUCUCUUUGCAUUCCUCCAAGCUGCGCAGAAAUUAUACAAAAAUAUCAGGCAAUUACAAGGGUGGUAGCACAGAAAGUAGUGACUCUGAUUCAAGCACUGAUGAAACAAGUUGGAACAGCUGUCUGGAAUCACUUCAGAACAAGUGUGAGUCAGUUCAAGGCUCAAAAGCUGACUUAAAGAGAGAAAUGAAAUGUGUAGCAUCUAGUAAACAUCUGAAGAGCUCUGAUCCUGCUGAAAAACCAAGCAGUAGUUCUGACGGUAAAGAUGACUCAAUUGUCAGUAGUACUUCUUCCAAGGUUAGCUCAUCUGGGAGUUUUGAAAGAAUGGUUGGCUUUGGUCAGUUGCGUAGUCUCUAUGAUGGACUGAGUCACUUUUUCACCGCUCCUGCACAUAGCAGACGGACAUCAUCUCAGAAUUCUCCUCCAAGUAACUCUCCAGCUAAAGCACCUAAGAAGAGACCUGAUCCUGUUGCUAUUCACAAGUUUUCUGAAAACAAGAAGCCUAAUAAUCUUAAGUCAGUCUGGAGAAAGAGCACUUUAAUGUCUAAAAUUUCAAAGACCAACAAAUUGAAAUCAAAGCAGAGAGAAUUUAUUAAGCCAGUGUGCUACCCCACUUGGAGACAAAUUACCAAAGCAGCCAACAAUGGUGGUAUCAUUAAAGGAAUUCUUGGAGGAAAUUCAGGUCAUUUAAGUGCAAAUACAAAGUGCAAACUCAAUGGGAAUGAUUUGAAAGCAUGCAAAAAAGUAAAUGGAGUUAAAGAGCUUUCAGGUAUGCGUUACCUGUCAGAUACCAACUUGCUCCUUAAAAAGCAAAGAGUUGAGCUGUUAGAGAAAAUGGCACAGAACUUGCGUGAUGAGUGUAACUUGGCUUCUAAGACAGUCGCACUUCAAUCAGCUGGCAUUUCUCAUCAGUGGAAUCACAUGUCACCCUCUCGCCUAGUAAAAACAGCUGUUGACAGUAAAACACAUGAGCAGGAGCAGCGGAGGAGGGUGAUGAAAGAUGAGUUGCACAACGAGUCACCUCCUGAUGAGAUAAAACAGAAAAAGAAGCGGUUGAUUGCUGAGGCAACUCAGACUCACCACCAAUAUCAACAAAAUCCAUUUCUAGUGCCUCAACCACCCACCAACACUGCGUCAGCAUGCAUGGUGCUGCCUGCAAGUCAACCGGUUGGUCUUACACUGAACCUCACUACCAAUCUUCCCCCAGGAGUCACUCAAAAGGAUAUUGAAUUGUUUAAAGCAAUGAGAGCGAGGGCAAAUUCUAUGACUCCUACAGUUUCCACAAAUGAGGCAAUUUUACCUCCAGGGUCACUUCCAAGUCCAUCUGGACUUCAGGGUCAAAGAUGUCCUGGUGCCAUUGAGUUUGGGCAGUAUGAAAUAGAAACGUGGUAUUCUUCCCCCUUUCCCCAAGAAUAUGCAAGGUUACCUAAGCUUUAUUUAUGUGAAUUUUGUCUGAAGUAUACCAAAAGCAAGGCAGUAUUGGAUAGACAUCUUGACAAGUGCAGUUGGAGACACCCACCAGCAACUGAAAUUUACAGGCACCAAAAUAUUUCUGUGUUUGAGGUUGAUGGAAAUGUUAACAAGAUCUACUGUCAAAAUCUUUGCUUACUAGCAAAAUUGUUUUUGGAUCACAAGACAUUAUAUUAUGAUGUAGAACCUUUCCUAUUUUAUGUUUUAACUAAGAAUGACUGCAAAGGGUGCCAUUUAGUAGGAUAUUUUUCCAAAGAAAAACAUUGUGCUCAAAAGUACAAUGUUUCUUGCAUUAUGACAAUGCCACAAUAUCAGAAGCAAGGAUUUGGCCGAUUUCUUAUCCACUUCAGCUAUCUUUUGUCCAAACAAGAGGGCCAGCCAGGGACACCUGAAAAACCCUUGUCAGACCUAGGCAAAAUAUCUUAUCAUGCAUAUUGGAAGUCAGUAAUACUGGAAUAUUUACAUUCACAUGAAAAUGAUAUGACAGGUGUAACUAACUUGACAUUAGAUGCUAUCAGCAAAGAAACUGGCAUGUAUAGUCAUGAUAUAGUUGUGGCUUUCCAAUUGUUGGGCAUGGUUCAUUGGGAUGAGAAAGCAUCUACUCCCAUCAUUAUUGUUGACUGGAAUAUCGUCAAUCAACAUGCUAUUCGAGUCGCUAAUAGUAAAACUAGAAUACCACUUGAGCCUGAGUGCCUUAGGUGGACACCACUUGUUACCAAUGUAGCUACACCAUUGGGGCUGGUUAAAGAAGAGGAUGAAGAUUCUGCAGAAGAGGAAAUGCCUAGCCUUGAUAAAUCUGUAAAAACUGAGAAGACUGAAAAUGUUCCUGUUAAAGAAGUUAGUGUUUCUGAACAUCAACCAGACAUAUCUAAGAAAAAAGUCAAGGAUGAUGUUGGUGAUCAGGCAGAUGUAGAAGACAAUAUUACGCAAACCCCUGGAUUCACUCGGCGUAAAAAUGUUCGAACAGCAAAGAAUUCAUAUCAGAGACAUUCCACACGUCUUGAAGCUGAGUCAGAACGUGAUGCUGAUGGUGAUGGUGAAUCAGAUGCUGAUGGGUCCCCUGUUAGAUCAAGCUCAAAACGAAAACGGGACUUAGAAUCUCCAGUAGAAGAAGCGCCUCUUGUAGAAGAGCAGUCACCAUCUCAACCAAGCAAAGUACGCAAGAUAGGAUUGAAGAAGAGAGUGACAACUCACGUCUACACUCCAGGAUGUGUUCCAAAGAGUACUCCAAAACAACCUGGUAAAUCCCAUGUGUCACCUUCUAAGAGCUUAUCAAAGGAUGGUGAAGUGAAACCACAGUCUGAAUCUCGUAUUGGUAGAGAGACACGUGGGGCUGGGUCCAAGACACGUGCUUCAUUGAAUAAUCAGGACGACCAGUCUGAAUUUAGUGACGACUCGAGAGUAGGACGGCGGGGUUCAUUGAGUACUGUACCCAAACCUGUCCCCACCCCUAGCUCUGCUCCUGCUGGAAUUAAGAGGGGCAGAUGGUCUCAAAGAACCACUAAAACACAAGUUAUCAAAUCUGCUGAUGAGACUGAUGAUGGAGAUGCACAAAUGCCUGAACUAGAGCCAGAGGUUGAUCUCUCUCAACAAAAUGUGGCAGAAGUAGGUCCUCCUCUUUCACCUCCAUCAUUACAAGAACAAAGUGAUAAGCCUGAUGUUCCUGAAGUAGUUGUUCCACCUCGAAGACGAAGAGGUUGGCAAAAGGGUAGACCCCGUAAAGGUCAUAUCACUAAACGCCAACUACUUUCAAAAUCAAGAAGUGAGGCAAGGAAAGCGUAUCCUAAGACUACGAAAAAUACUUCAGAAACUGCAGAGGAAACAGAAACUAGUCAAGCUGAAGAUGAGACGGCAAGCUCCCAAACUGAAACAGAAGCUAAGCAGGGAUCUGAGGUUGAUCCUGAUUCUUCUAUGCAACAGGAGGAGGACACGAAUGAAGACAAAGAGGAGGUUCAGAAGGAUGGGGAUAUUAAUAUACCCUCGAGGGAGACUCAGCCAGAGCCUGAAAAUCCUAUUGCGGUGCAAUCAGAAGAGUGUCUCAAAGAUAGUCAAAGUGCACCUACUGAAGUACAAGAGGAAUCUGAGAUUUCUGCUGCUCCUGAAGUUCAGGAACUGAAAAGUGAUACUGAGGCAUCAAGUAAGACAGAAGAUGAGGUUGUAUCAGAGACAGUGCAUGAAGCCCCUGUAGACAAUCUGAAUGAAUCAGAGUCAAAAGAGUUACCUCAAUCUGCAUCAGUGUCUGAAGACCAGGCUCAAGAAAGUGUGUUUGAAGAAGGAUCUAAGGAUUCAUCUGAAAAUGUGCUUAGAACACCUGUGAAAGUUUGUAGUCCAAUGUCAUCAGAAGGUCCUGAGCCUGCAGACUCCGUAUCUUCUUUAUCAGCAACUCCUACUUCUCCUGAUACAGCUGAUCAAUCUAUCACUCCCACUAAAGAAGAUUUAGAGGAAAAAAUUGUACAGAUGGAACAAGAAAUUGAAAAUGAAGGGAAAGACAAACUAUUGGAAACAAAUAGUACUCUUCCCAAAAAAAGUGCUUUAGACAAAUCUGAUGAUCUCAGUGGAUUUGAACCAUUAGAUAGCAGUCGCGCUAUGUCUCCCAAAACUGUAGUCAGUGAAGAUGAAUCUGCUGACGCUGUUGCCCAAGUUGUUUCAUCUAAAGAAGACGAGACAGAGUAAGUGAUAAUGACCACUUGGAACAGGGUAAAGAGUCAUCUAGUCAGGGCAGUAAUGAUGAUGAAUCUCAAGACACUUCGCCUCCAGUUCAGCCGGACUCGUGUGAUAAAUCCCCUCAGUUGCCGCCACAAUCGCCACAACCUCCUCCCUCGCCCUCUGUGAAUCAGAAUCAACAAAGUUCCAGCAGUAGUAGUAGUAGCAGUACCUCUCAGCAAUGCGAGGCUCCUCAGGAUCAGCAACAGACUCAAGAACAACAGCAACAGGAGCAGCAGCAGCAAUCUCAAGAAGAGCAACAGAAAAAGGAUCAAGAACAGAAGCAACAGCAGCAGCAUCAAGAGCCACAACCACAGCAAAAUGAAAUGCUACACUCUCAUUGCUCUGAUAAGGAGCCAGAUCAUCAAGCCUCUAGUGGGGAGCCAACUUUUGAUCCGGAUCUACAAUCUCAGAGAAAUCAGACAAGUUAUGAAUGUGCUCCAGAAGCACCCUUGAAUCAAGAACCAGCUCAACCUAAUCAGGCCACCAAAAGGUUGGACACCUAUUGCUAUGGAAUGCCAAGGAGUGUAGAGUCUCUCAGGAACAAUGGAUACAGUCAAAUGACUCGGGUGCAAUCACCGUCACUCAUAGGUUCUGAAAAUAUUGAUAAAUCACCAGGAAGUGAUGCAGCUGGAAAUAGGAGUUCUUUGGCUAGUGAUGUGCCGUACGCAGUAACUACAAAUGAGACAGAAAAGCAAGUGCAUUCUGUUAACUCAGAGAUCCCUGACAGUGCUAGUUCAACUCCCCACGCAGACCAUUGCGGGGACUCUCUCCAGCCUGCCACACCACAGAACCCUGGCUCUGUGAAAGCCCCCUCGGCGCCCGAGCUGCACAGCCUGGGUGUGUACACCCCCGACUCGACCACCAACUCCGUUCACUCCAUGCACGGCUACAACAAUCAGUGCGACCUGGGCCUCGAGUCUCCGACCUCCAUCUCGUCCACGGACAUGGGCCCUGGCGGCCCGGCCUCGGGGGACGGCUCACACCACUCGCACCCCGAGGGCCCCCGCACCCCAGCGGGAGCCGCGGCGCCUCCUCUCAGCCGACAGGCCCCGCCGGGGCCGGGCACCACGACCAACGGUCCCACGAGCCGACCACCAAGCUGCGGACCGAUGGCUGGGCCACCCAGCGCGCCUCCAAACGUGCCGCCGCCUGUGGGGCCCCCUGUGGGUCCUCCUGUGGGGCCGACUGCACCGCCGCUGGUGGCGCCCGCGCAGCCGCACCCCCAGCCUCACCCGGGGCCGCUCGGCCAGCCUCAUGGACUUCCUCACGGUCCUCCCCACACACCUCCCCAUGGACCGCACUCAGGACCGACGCAUGCGUCGCCGUGCGGCCCACCCUACGGACCACCGCCGCCGCACCCUGGAGCGCAACACGGAGCGCCCUACCCCCACGCCGCCAAUGGGUCACCGGGCCACACCCCGGCGCACCCACAGGGGCACCCAUUGGGGCACCUACCUAGCCUCCCACCGGGCCAUCCAUUUGGGCACCCCUCGGGCCACUCACCGGGUCACCAACCAGUUCACCCAUCAGGGCACCCACCUGCCCACUCGCCGGCCCAUCCUCCUGGGCACCCUCCAGGACACACCCCGGGGCACUCACCAGCCCACCCUCCAAGCCACCCUCCAAGCCACCCUCCAGCCCACCCGCCAGCCCACCCGCCGACGCACCCUCCAGCCCAUCCUCCAGCGCACCCGCCGGCCCACCCUCCGGGGCAUCCAAGCCAGGGGACUCACGGCCACGCCGGGCCCCACAUGCCUCCUCACCCGUCUCCCCAUGGCGGCCCGGCCUCUUCCAUGCCGCAGCCCCACUCGUCGCAACUCCCCCAGACUUCUCCGCACGCCAUGCCCCAGUCUCAGCCCUCGCCGCACCACGGAGCUCCUCACGUCCCCCACGGCGCCCCUCACGCCGGGCCCGCGCACCCGCCGUCGAUGCACGACAGGCACAUGUCGCACUACUCGGACUGUGCGCAGCAGCUGUCGCUGCACCACCAGUUCAUGCACCACCCGAUGAUGGCGGCGCAGCAGAUGAUGCACAUGGGCGCCAAGGCCAUGGGGGAAGCGCAGCACCACAUGAACCCCUACAAGUACCUCACCUCCCACCCGGGCAUGCACCAGGGAGCGAUGCCCGGCCCCAUGCCCGGCUCGGGCCACAAGGGCGGCUACCCCAUGGCCAUGUUCACACAGCAUGACGCUGUCGCCCACCGGCAGCAGCAACAGCAGCAACAACAGCAACAACAACAACAACAACAGCAGCAGCAGCAGGUGACCCCGCCUUCGCUUCAGCAUCAACACCAUCACCAACAGCAGCAACAGCAGCAACACCAGCAACACCAGCAGCAGCAGUCGCAUCCAGCGCCUUCAAAGUCGCCUUACCAGUCCAAACCGGCGUACCAACCUCUGCCUCCACAAAUGCAGCAGCAGCUCCCCGAGCCGUCCAAGUCGCCUUAUCUAAAUCAAGGCCACGCUCAGCUCUCUCAACCCAGCGCACCCCCGCCGCAGUCGCAGCAACCCUCGCCAGCCCCAGCCAAGUCGCCGUUCCCACCAUCGCACCACGGCCAGAGCAAGAGUUACCCACCCGCGCCGCCGGGGCCAACAUCCGGGCCGCCGCCUCCGGCCAAGUCCCCGUACGCGGGCCACCAGCACGUUCCUCAGCACAGCCCCUCUCAGGUGCAGCCCACUCCCUCCAAGAGCCCCUACGUGACGCACCAGCAGCCGUCUGUAACGCCCCUGCAGUCGCCGUCAGGUCAAAGUCACACUCAGCCUGCACCACAAGUGCCGCCCCAGCCACUUCCUCAGCCAGCCCCAAAGGCCCCGAAAUCCAGGAGCACAGCUCGAAGCAGACAGCAGAAACAACAACAACAGCAGCAGCAGCAGCAGGCGCAGCAGCAGCAGCAGCAAGCACAGCAAGCACAGCAAAGAGCAACCCCUCCCUCUCUACCCGCUCAGCACUCAGCACCCCAUCAACAGAGUCCCCAUCAGCACCACAUGUCUCAAGGAAAUUACAAUGGAAUGCCCCAGAUGUCAGCAGCUUUCUCUCAGGGGUCGUACAUGGGCAUGCCAAUGUCGACUGUGAUACAGCACCACCUUGCCGCUGCAUCAGCAGCUGGAGCUCAACAUGGAAUGUCACCUCAUCCUCACCCACACGCUCAAACCCACCACCAACAUCAGCCCGCACCAUCUAGUAACUUCUAUAACUUGCAGGUAUGUUAAAAAUUACUAUUUUCAUAUAUCACUGUAAAAACAAUUAUCGUAAUUUUACAAAAUAUUCUCAGUUAAUUUUCUAUUUCAAAAACUUCAUUUUUAU